CUACAUACGGCCAGUUAGCGUAGUGCCUCAGAGUUUUCUUCAGGUUGCUUGAAACCAUCAUCAUUUUAUUGUAAUUAAGCCGAGUUCGUUGCUCAACUGCCCUUAAGUUGUAGAGAAUGAGCACAGAUAAGCUGAUGACCGGGGACCUGGCGAUUGGCGGGCCCGUGUAUGCCGACCGGAGGUCCCGUGUGCGGUCGGCGGCGGUCCAGGCAGCCUGCGCCGUGGGGGCUAUCUUGAUCGUCUCGGCGCUGGUAGUGCUGGCGCUGCAGAACUGGCAACUCAAGCAGCUGCUGUCGGCCAACGACGAGCGGUUUGUGUCUCUGGAGACGAAAUUGGAGGCUCUGACUAAAGACAAGUCCUGGGAAAGCAACAAUCGCGUGGAGAGCACUGAGUCGGCAGAUGGUGCCUUCGGUCCUGAUCCCGGCAUGCACCACAGGGCGAAGAGAGCUGCGAACAGCCUGACUCUGCCGUUCGGAGGCUGCGCACAGGGGCCUCCUGGGAUGCCUGGCCUGAAUGGUCGUGACGGUCGCGAUGGGAUUCCAGGUCCUCCUGGCCUAUGCAGCCAAACCGGACCCCCUGGCCCACCGGGCCCCGAGGGUCCCAAGGGCUCACCCGGAGCCAACGGGUCAGACGGCCGGGACGGCAGUGACGGGCUUCCUGGAGCACCAGGAAGCUGCAAUUGUUCCAGUAACAAUGUCAGCCCGCUGAGAGAUUGUGACGACGUCUACAAGGCAGGCCACACCACCAGCGGUGUCUACACCAUCCAGCCAGACGCCGCCGGAGCCUCGUUCCGGGUCUACUGUGAGAUGGAAGCCGGAGUCGGCGGCUGGACUGUCCUCCAGAAGCGCUUCGACGGUUCUGUAGAUUUUGUUAAUGACUGGGAAGCGUACAAAAAUGGGUUUGGGGACCUUAGCGGCGAGUUUUGGCUGGGAAACGACAAGAUCUAUCAGAUCUCUAACGAGAAGGUAUACCUUCUGCGCAUUGAUCUCGAGAAUUGGUCCUCGGAAACGGUAUACGCUGAAUAUGACAGGUUCUAUAUCGAGGAUGAAGCAGCGAAGUACCGUCUGCAUGUUGGUGCCUAUAGCGGCACUGCUGGGGAUGGUGGGCUAGGGUUAAGCUAUCAUGAUGGUGGCAGAUUCUCAACACACGACCAGGAUAACGACGAUCAUUCGGGCUCUGACUGCGCCACUAACCAAGGCGGUCGUGGUGGUUGGUGGUAUAGAGCCUGUGACCUCGUUAACCUGAACCAGCCGUACAAGCAUGGCGGCGGGGGGGAUAAUAAUCACGGUAUACAAUGGCAUGCGUGGACAGCUCACCGGUACUCCAUCAAGUCUUCUGUCAUGAAGAUCAGACCUGCUCCUUAG